AUGACGAACUCUUCAUAUGCUCAUCAAUCGCUACCCGGAACGUCGAAGACUAUUGGCAAUACGAUGACCGCCCCCCGACAACCACACAGUGGCACGGUUAUGCUAGCCGACUUGGAUCCAAACAAGCAGGUGACUAAACAAAACCGGCCGUACAGCAUCGUGCAAUCGCUGCACACAUCCAAGGCCCAUGGGGAUACGAUGACCAUGCCUCGACUUCCAUUUAGUAACACGGCUGAAUUUGCUAGCUGUCAGCCUAGUAAACUGGAAGAGGCCACCAAAAUUCAACCGUACAGCCAUGUCUAUUGCCAGCCAGCUAUUCCACCAGUAAUAACGGGAAAACCUCAAUCUUUGAAAAGGUUUCAACAAAUCCCGCCGUACAGCAUCGUGCAAUCGCCGCACACAUCCAAGGCCCUUGGGAAUACGAUGACCGUCCCCCGACAACCACACAGUAGCACGGUUAUGCAGGCCGACUUGGAUCCAAACAAGCAGCUGACUAAACAAAACCGGCCGUACAGCAUCGUGCAAUCGCUGCACACAUCCAAGGCCCAUGGGGAUACGAUGACCAUGCCUCGACUUCCAUUUAGUAACACGGCUGAAUUUGCUAGCUGUCAGCCUAGUAAAUUGGAAGAGGUCACCAAAAUUCAGCCGUACAGCAAUGUCUAUUGCCAGCCAGCUAUUCCACCUGUAAUAACGGGAAAAGCUCAAUCCUUGAAAAGGUUUCAAUUUGAUGGAGAUGCAAAGGAAAAUCUACCGAACCAAUGCAAAGAAAAGCAACCGAUAACACAAAUUACAAAUGAUGUUCCGAUCCUCCCUCACAUGCUACCAGGAAGCAAUAGCACUACGAAACCAUCGUGGUUGCCUGCAUCACGCUUGCAGAACCGAACAAAGAGAAUACAUAAUCUAAUAAGAAAACGAACUCACUAUGGUGAUCGUGCUAAUGGGGAGUCUUCAGAUUCACUGAGGACAAAAGAACAAACAAUACUGGAGGUUUCGCAGCAGCCACCGAAUCAAUCGCAGAAUACUUCAAAACAAAUGAAACUGUCACCCAUCGCCAUCGUAUCGAAGAAGUCAAUUCAAAAUGUACAUGCAUCAGUAAGUGGUUCUCAAGCCUCUAUAGUUCCAAAUCCAGAACAUCAGUUGAUGGUCGCAAGUCAUCAAGAAAAGAGGAUCCGAUAUGCUGGUGAUAUAAAGGACUUAUCGAUCAUAACCCCAGAUGCUGCUAAGCAAGCGCUUCCGAGGGUCCUACACCAAUUGCAUGAAUCACAAAAACGUGUUAACCGUUUAAAACAGCAGAAUAUGCGGCUUCGUAGGAAUACAAAUCGGUUUGCUGAAAUCAUGGCAGAAUUACGAGCAAAACAAAUAAUUACCGCUGGAGGGGAAGUGAUUCUUCAGAAAUUCAGCUCGAACUCUGAACUGCUAGAAGAACUGAAUAAUAUCCGCCGUGGACUGCCAUUCAGUGAGGCGGUGCGCUCUUUUGCAACGACGCUUAAUUUUUAUUCUUCGAAAGCAUAUCGAUUUGUCCGUAAGGCGUUCGACAAUACUCUCCCUCAUGAAAGAACGGUUGCAAGCUGGUACCGAACGGUAGACGGCGAACCUGGAAUAACGGUCGAAUCGUUGAACGUUUUGAAGAAAAUGAAGGUGAAGUUGGCCACGCAAACGCUCAGCAAAAGUGUUGCUGAUGCUAUAAAAGUAUUAGAACGACACGAUCCAGCUUUUUCGGAAUCGAACGCAACGAUUGAACUUGCAGCGUACAAGCGCCUGCUAACUCAUCACAAUAUAACCGCACCUCCCAAAGCAAACUGUACGGAGUUCGGAGAUACUACAAUGCUAUCUGUGCUCAUGGGCCCAUACCGUCAUGAACAUAAUUCAGGAACCACUGAACCAAACCUUGGACAAAGUUUCGAUGGUACAAGCGAGGAGGUACUCAUCAUGGGCGAAGCUGUUAAUCAUGACACGACAAACUCGCGACUAACUAGAAGUUUAGAAGACACUAAGCAUAACUUAAUGAAUGAUAUGCUGGAGGACGAUUUUAUGGAUGAAGACAUCAAAGAUGCGGCAGAACAGCAAACUAUAUGA